AUGCCCGGCCUCGCUCUUGACACGCCUGACGCCGUCGAGCGUGUGCGACUGCACAUCACGCCUUUCAACUCCGAGCUACUGGACAAGAUUCUAGCACCCUCCGUCAAGGCGCAGGCCGACAACAUCUCCUUUCACACCGUACAGACCUUUCCCGAUCGCGGCUUCGGCUACGUCGAGCUGCCCGCCAUGGAAGCCGAGAAGUUGAGGAAGAAAUUGAACGGGUCUACGUUGAGAGGAUCGAAAGUGCGAGUGGAAGCGGCCAAGGCUGAGAAGAAGCGCGGUUCGGAUGCAGAGGUGGAAGAAGACGAUGGGGAGAGCACUACGCCUCGCGUUAAGAAAGUCAGGAAGCGAGCGGAACAAGACGUGCUUCCGGGACAUGAAUUAGAAGAUGGUCGACAUAUCAAGCGAGGCUGGAUGGAGAAAUCAUCGAGAAAAUCCAGGCGCAAGCCCAGUGGGUCGGACGGAGAUCUGGAAAGCAAGAGUCUACUGUUCAAGACCGCCGUCCCACCAAAUGCUUCGCCACUGGACAUGCAGACAAAAGAUAAGAAGAAGGCGAGGAAAAGCAAAGAUGAGAAGAAGUCGAAGAAAAAGGUCGUUGUCGAAGAGUUCUCCAAGAGCUACAAACCUGAGGUCCACGAUGCUGAUACCGCUGCUGGUGCGCAUGUACCGAUGAGCUACGAAGAUGGAAAGGGCUGGGUAGCUGAGGAUGGCGAUGUCGUCGACCCGGAGCCUCCUGCUCGGCGACGAAAGUCCAAACGAGAAAGCGAACCUCGCGUUUCGGCGGUCCAAAGUCAGGAUACGAGGGAUGUGGCGGACUCAUUGCCACCAGACGAACCAGUGGCCAGCGACACAUGCAUGAUCAUCGAUGCAUCCACCGAAGGAACAAAAGAAGUCCAUCCCCUUGAAGCCCUCUUCAAAAGACCUGCGUCCAAAACAAGCGACGAUGCGAAACCGAGGCCAAAGCCCAUCGAUACUUCUUUCAGCCUCUUUGACGUCUCGACUGCAGCAAAUGAGGAAGACGACGACGAAGGCGGAGAAGUCGACAUGCCGCCCCAAACUCCGCACACGAGGCGUGAUCUCGAAUGGCGCAGCAUCCGUUCUGCGGCGCCGACGCCGGACACCGCUGCUCUUGGACGACAUUUUAGCUUCCCUUCAGACGACCGCUCAGAUGAGGACGACGAUGUGGACAUGCAGAACGAAGCAGAGCCUGAGCAGCCGAACGAUGGGGAGGAAGGUGCACAACACAGAGAGGGAGAGAGUGCUUUUCGCAAAUGGUUCUACGAAAAUCGCGGCGAUUUGAAUCGCGGCUGGAAGAAGCGGCGGAGGGAGGAGAAGAAGGUGCUGCGACAGAGGGAGAGUCGGAGGCUGAGUAGCAAGAUUGCCUGA